AUGUUAAGGUUGAACGCAAUCUUGGAAAAGUUUAGAAAGGCGGAGGUGAAGAAUGAGAUUGCAAACAAAGGAUUUUAUCUUCCAAUGGAGCUCUUACUUGUAAUACUAUCUCGCCUUUCACUGAAAGACAACGUUCGUGCUUCUUCUGUUUGCAAGGCAUGGCAUGAUGCUGCUGUUUCGGUUCGGUCUAAUUCUCCCUGGCUUGUGUAUUUUAACACUACUCCAACUGGCGUCUCUUAUGGGUUUUACGAUCCAAUGGAGAAGAAAAAAACCCAGUCCAUGAAGCUACCUAAUGAACCAUUUUACACAAGGCUCUUUUACUCCAAAGAUGGGUGGUUACUACUAAGUGUAUAUUACCAUAAAGCUGAACCCCCUAGAUUAGUCUUCUUCAAUCCAUUUACUCAGGCGCACAUAAUUCUGCCAUCAAUUAAAACCUCUCGAGCUGACUUCGCUUUCUCUUGUGCUCCUACAAACGAGAGCUGUGUGGUGUGUUGCAUUAGUAAUCGCACACGACAUCGAUUUCUCAUCCACACUUGGUACCACGGUGCAGCUGAAUGGGUCACCGAGCUGUUGCAUAUACCGUUACUUUCAAGAUUUCGUGGAAGAAACGAUAUCAUGUUCUCUGACGGCUGUUUUUGGCUUGAGGAUCGGCAUGGUCGACUAAGGUUAUUCGAUCCAGUUGCACGUACGUGGGAUACUCUCAGUGUACCGAAAGUACUCCCCUUUCUCAUGUGUACUACAGAACACAAGGGAAACAUCUUUCGAGUUAGUUUCUUCUAUGAGAGUAACCAGAAGCGACUCGUCUUGUUUCGACUUGACCGGUCCAUGUUGGUUUGGGAAAAGAUGGAAACGUUCGACGGUUUGUCCAUCUUUGUCAGCAAUAACUCAAGCAUUGUGACAAAUGGGCUCGCUGGAGAUAUGUGUAACAUUGUGCAUGAGUGGAAUUCUCAUUUAGACCCGUAUCGUCUGUUCAAACACUCGUUGUGUACAGGAAGUUUAUGUACGGACAAAGACGACCCUGGUCUUGACUCUUCAACCAACGGUGAGGUACUACGUUCUGCCGUCUGGAUCGAGCCGCCCCAUAGAUCUUGA